AUGAAGCGGCAGAACGUGCGUACCGUGUCCCUGAUCCUCUGUACCUUCACCUACCUGCUGGUGGGUGCCGCGGUGUUCGACGCCCUCGAGUCCGACCACGAGAUGCGCGAGGAGGAGAAACUUAAGGCCGAAGAAGUCCGCAUCAGAGGCAAGUACAACAUCAGCUCUGAUGACUACCAUCAGCUGGAGCUGGUGAUCCUGCAGUCUGAGCCCCACCGCUCUGGUGUCCAGUGGAAAUUCGCGGGUUCCUUCUACUUUGCCAUCACCGUCAUCACAACUAUAGGAUAUGGACACGCUGCACCUGGUACUGAUGCUGGCAAGGCCUUCUGUAUGUUCUACGCUGUGUUGGGCAUCCCUCUGACGCUGGUCAUGUUCCAGAGCCUGGGUGAGCGCAUGAACACCGUCGUGCGCAGGAUGCUGAGGCGUUUCAAGAAAUGCUGUGGCAUGCGCAACACUGAUGUUUCUAUGGAAAACAUGGUAACCGUCGGCUUCUUCUCCUGCAUGGGCACUCUGUGCCUUGGGGCGGCUGCUUUCUCCCAGUGCGAGGACUGGAGCUUCUUCCACGCCUACUACUACUGCUUCAUUACACUGACUACUAUAGGAUUCGGCGACUUUGUGGCCCUGCAGUCCAAAGGUGCUCUGCAGAAGAAGCCAUUCUACGUGGCCUUCAGCUUCAUGUAUAUCCUGGUGGGGCUGACUGUCAUCGGUGCCUUUCUCAAUCUUGUGGUCCUGCGAUUCCUGACCAUGAAUACCGAUGAGGAGAUGCUGGAGGGAGAAGUUGCACAGAUACUUUCUGGAACCCCAAGCAAUGCGAUACAUGUGCCACGAGGCCACUUUAGCUUCCAUCCUGUGGCCUUCCUGAGGAAACAUGGCAGGACUCUGUGCUUUCUCUGCUACCCGCGUGGUGCCACCGCCCAAGAUGAUGCUGAUGCUGAUGUUCCUGAGGUUGUUACUGUGGCUCCUUCUGGUGCUGCUGUGGUUCACAGGAAUGUCCGGGCUACUGUCCACUCCGUUUCCUGCAGGGUUCACCAGCUCUCCCCAAACACACUGAGGAACACCUUCUUCCGGACCCCGUUCGGCACCAUCAUCCCUCCUGGGUUCCACACCUGCAGGCAUCAGAACCACAGGAUCAUCCUCCGUCGCAAGUCCAUCUAA